AAACUUCAGAUCUGAUUAUUGUUCCCAUAUUUAAAAAAAAAGUUAAGAAUAUUGGUUACUAUAUUCAAGUACAAAAUGAAUUUUGAAAUCUCCGACAUUACCCUUAGAUCGUCCAAGGAAAUAAUUGUUACAGAUGAUAUUUCCUCCGGCAUAGGAUAUUUGAUUAGGAAAAAAAAAGAGAUCCAGGUUUCAGGAUUCGAUCAAAUGAUUGUAUUGCUAUAAGUGAAAAGUCAUCUCCAAUAUCUGCACUCCACAAAGAAUAAAAAUGUUCUUUAAAAGUGGGGUGUAUUGGCCGAACGGCACGUCCGCGGAGACCACUAAAAAAUUCUCCAUCUUCAGAGGGCUCAUCUUAGCUGUGCUCUCAGGUGCCUGCUUCUCCGUUGUCUCUGUGAUCGUCAAACAGAUGAGGAAUCUGCACCCAGGUCAACUUGCUUUGUACAGAUUCGUUGCGAUGCUAGUGAUGACAAUGCCGGAGACUGUGAAAUCUGGGGAGAACCCUUUAGGACCCAGCAAUUUCCGCCUACUUCUUUUGCUCAGAGGAAUAUUCGGUGGACUCAACGACUUCUUGAGCUUCGUUGCAUUUCAGUACUUAGGCCUCGGAGAAGCGAGUGUGAUAAUUUUCAGUUCACCUGUUGUUGUGACUAUUUUUGCUAGAAUAUUCUUCAAAGAGCCUUGUAACAUUUUUCAGACUAUCACUGUUCUAUUCACAAUCAUGGGAAUCAUUUUUACGACCAAAUUGCCAUCCCAUUUAACAGAAGAACCGAUUGUUUACAGUAGCGAAAAAAUCUAUGGCCUUCUGGCAGCCAUGAUUUCUUUGUUUAGUAUAAGCGGACUGCAAUUACUUACCAGAAAGAUAAGGAGUGUCCAUCAGUCCAUCAUUAACUUCAAUUAUGGUUUGACGGGAAUUUUCGAAAUGGUGCUUCUCACGGCAAUAUUUGGAAAUUUCAAGUGGCAACAUUGUGGCAUUCAAAGUAUAUAUGUUUUGCUGCUGGCUAUAUUUAGUUAUUGUGGACUAACACUGAUGGUGGUAGCACUUCAAUGCGAAUAUGCUGGACCGGUGUCCACUGUGCGAGCUGCUGCUGACAUAGGUCUAGCAUUUAUGUGGCAAAUCUUUAUUUUCCAUGAUACUCCGGACGUCUACGGAAUUAUAGGUGCUGUUUUAGUCUUAGUUUCCAUUAUCCUCAUCAGCGUAGGCAAGUGGGUCAACAGUCUGGAAGAAAACUUAUUUUCAUGUGAAAAAUUCAAACGCCUCUCACGUUGUUAAUAUUUACCUGGACUUUAAAUAGUUUCAUAGCUUCAUGUGUGUAACAAUAGAACUUUGUAAUUACUAUAUUAACACAAGAUAUUGUAUGAUAUAUACACUAUUUAUUUGAUUUCUAAGAUAUUGUGAAUAUAUCGUAAUAGAAUUGUUGGCCAUUUUGCGCUAAUAAGGUUAAUUUCCCGUUCACUUCUUGGAAUGCUACAAAGAGGCAAUUUUGCAGUAUAUUAAGAAAUUAAUUAUCAGUUAAUCAAUGAAUCCUAGUUUAAUUUUGAUUUCAUAUUAAAGACCCCAUCUGAUAAUAAAUUCGAGAAAAAAUAAUUUCAAGAUUCCAUAAUAAUUAUAAUCUUUAGUGAUGAAUUGACUCGCUCUAGACUAAGUUGAUAAUAACUAAAAAUUUCAA